CCAUGUGGCUAUGUUUGUUUAAAGGACUGGUUUGCUUGAAGUUUCAAAUACCGUACAACUUUCGGUCCAAAUCAGAGCCGAAUUAUUUAGGGAAUGGUUCAUACAUCAUGUUAAUUAUCUAAUUAUUACAGCAUUAACUGGUGAUUUGCAAGUGUGACUCACAGAUCAAGCAAGUGUGAACAAGCACCACAGAUCAGGCAGAGUAUUUUUUCAGCCCCUGCCCCCAUAGAUACCAUGGAGUUAACUUGCAUGUUCAGCUGCAAGUACUGUAAUCAGGGAGGAGGAAUCAAGUUAUGAACACAGAAUGUGUAAACUAACCUUAAAGGGUAGCAGAUAACGGUGAACUUUAUAUAUAUUUCAAGAUUAGAUAUUCGAAAGGGUUGAGCAAGUGUUUAAUUUGUAAUGCAUUGAAAGUUUGAAAUAACUAAAACUGAAGCAUUUGAAGGUCAGCUUCUCCAAAAAGACAAAGGCUUAAACCUAGAAGGUGCUUAUGCUGGCAAGUAAGUGUCUAAGAUCCACAGCUGCUCAACUGUGGCAAAGUUAUAUCUAGUGCACACAAGAACAUUGCAAAUGUUGUCCCUUCAAAAGCACCAUCAGAAAGAACAAGAUGCUUUCCAUAGCUUCUGAAGAAGCCCUCAUCAUCACAGCCCACCCUGCUCAGCGCCUCCAUCUGUCCUGGGCUGUGUUGUGUUCCAUCCAUCUUGCCUGAUCUCGGACAUCAAGGAGGACCAUCAGGGAACAUGGAGCUGGAGAGCUGCCACUUUCCCAGGUUUACCUAGAUUAAACAGGUCUGUGCACUGAAUGUUUACAUCACUGGAAAUAAGGAAGGUACCUUAGCAGGAUAUUUAGCAGGAUAGCAGGAUACCUAGCAGGAUAUUUUUUGAUUCCCCUGUAUUAGGGGAAGUCACAAUGCAAUCCCCUCCCCCCUUGGCAGAGUUGUUAGGCACAGAGGAAAUGUUUGCUUUUGCAUGCAUGCUGCUGAAGGAAGAGAGACCACAAGACACAACUCAUGGAUAAAGGUGGGCACUGUGGGAGCGCUGUUAAUGUUAUUUGCCAGCAUCCUCAAAAAACACUGAGUGCUAAAAGAAGCUUUAUUUUAUUUAACUGUAUGUUACUGGCAAAACUUGAACAUUCCUCAUUGCCCUAUACCUGCUGCAUUGCCUAAAUGUCUGUGAUAAAAUAACCAUUUGCAUAUUUUGCAUAAGGUUUCACCAGAAUUGCUUAUUUAAAGUAAUGAAAAGCUGUUCUGCUUCCUUUCCUUUCCUUUCCUUGUGUUCCUUGGCAGACCUCAAUAUUUGUUUGUUUCUUUAAGAAUUUGUUGCUGUGCCUUCUCUCUUUAGCAACAAGGAGGCUUAGAAAGAGGGAGGCUUACCCCUAAAGACAGUCGUGGAACCAAACAAUAAAUAUAAUCCUUGGAAUAAAUGCAGGAGGAGCAAGUAUCUGAACUCGUACCAGCUAGAAAAUCAACAGCAACCCCCAUUCACAACAACUUGAGGUCAGCAGUCUAUCUACCUCACCGUUGUCAUCGUCAGGCUGAUCAGGUGUACGCUUGCUCAGAAGUUCAGACUGACUUGGGUGACUUCUCCACGUUCAGUUUGAAGAUUUUUGAAAGGUGUUCAGCAUCUACAGUCAGGAACAUGGGUCCCAAACAAGCAGCGGCCGAGAAGAGGACCAAGGAAAAGAUCACCAUAGAGAUGAAGAAGGAGAUCGUCCGAAAGCAUGAGGACGGCAUGCGGGUGACAGACCUCGCCAGGGAGUACGGGAGGAAUCCAUCCACCAUCGGGACCAUCCUGAAGAUGAGGGAGAAGAUCCUUGCGAUGGAAGCAGCCAAGGGAGUCACCAGGAUCAUGCCCAACCAGCCAGCUGUUCUUGAGGAGGUAGAACUGACUACUAUCUGUCCAUCUCCAGUGCCUGUUUCUUCUUUUUUCCUGGCUGUUUCAUGCAGGCACCCUUCAUCCAUAUCACUAUUCUGCAUGCUACACAGCUUACCAAGGGACUUUUGGGCUGUGGGGAAACAGUGUGGCUCAAAACUAUUUUGAGAAGGGACACAAACAUUCCACUCAAAUAUAAAGUGAAAGAUGUAUAUUCCCCUUUCUCGAGCACUUCUCAUCG